GCAAUCACUGGUGUUUAGUCUGCAGCCAGCAGAGAAAAGGAGAAAGAACCGCUCAGGAAAGACACACUGCAGACUCCUCCUGCACCCUGCAAUAGAUGGAUUCCAGCUACACAAGAGGGAAAAUGCGGAGGUGACACUCUUCUGCUUGGAAAGAGGACGAACAGCCAAACAAAUGCAAGGAUUGGAUUCCAUGUGGAUAAUAUCUGGAAGUCGAGACACGGUGUGUAUAAAACAAAACUUUGCGAGCUGUUAAUUUCUGUGCUGUGUUAUUAAGAGACUCUUUCAAGUUUCAAGUACCAAAUAUAGCUAGCUUUAAGUUGCCAAAGGAAGUUGAGAGGAUUGCUUUGCUGUUUUAACUUGCUCUGUGAAGAGAAUCUCACAAACUGACCAGUAUACCAAAUGAAUACUAAAAUGCACUUUAUAUUUGCUUUUGCACUGUUGACGGUAUCUUUCAACCACGAUGUACUGGGCAAGAAUUUGAAAUACAGGAUUUAUGAGGAACAGAGGGUCGGAUCAGUAAUUGCAAGACUAUCAGAGGAUGUGGCUGAUGUUUUAUUUAAGCUACCUAAUCCUUCUACUGUUCGUUUUCGAGCCAUGCAAAGGGGAAAUUUUCCUCUACUCAUAGUCAAUGAAGAUAAUGGGGAAAUCAGCAUAGGAGCUAAAAUUGACCGGGAGCAACUAUGUCAGAAAAACUUGAACUGUUCCAUAGAGUUCGAUGUGAUCACUUUACCCACCGAGCAUCUGCAGCUUUUCCAUAUUGAAGUUGAAGUGCUGGAUAUUAAUGACAAUUCUCCCCAGUUUUCAAGAUCUCUCAUACCUAUUGAGAUAUCUGAGAGUGCAGCAGUUGGGACUCGUAUCCCUCUGGAUAGUGCAUUUGAUCCAGAUGUUGGGGAAAAUUCCCUCCACACGUACUCCCUCUCUCCCAAUGAUUUUUUUAAUAUCGAGGUACGGACCAGGACUGAUGGAGCCAAGUAUGCAGAACUCAUAGUGGUCAGAGAGCUGGAUCGGGAGCUAAAGUCAAGCUAUGAGCUUCAGCUCACUGCCUCAGACAUGGGGGUGCCUCAGAGGUCUGGCUCAUCCAUACUAAAAAUAAGCAUUUCAGACUCCAAUGACAACAGCCCUGCUUUUGAGCAGCAGUCUUAUAUAAUACAACUCCUAGAAAACUCCCCUGUUGGCACUCUGCUCCUCGAUCUGAAUGCCACUGAUCCAGAUGAGGGCGCUAAUGGGAAAAUCGUAUAUUCUUUCAGCAGUCAUGUGUCUCCCAGAAUUAUAGAGACUUUUAAAAUUGAUUCAGAAAGAGGACAUUUGACUCUUUUCAAGCAAGUGGAUUAUGAAAUCACCAAAUCUUAUGAAAUUGAUGUUCAGGCUCAAGAUUUGGGUCCAAAUUCAAUCCCAGCUCAUUGCAAAAUUAUAAUUAAGGUUGUGGAUGUUAAUGACAAUAAGCCUGAAAUUAACAUAAACUUGAUGUCUCCUGGUAAAGAAGAAAUAUCUUACAUUUUUGAAGGGGAUCCUAUUGACACGUUUGUUGCUUUGGUCAGGGUUCAGGACAAAGAUUCUGGGCUGAAUGGAGAAAUAGUUUGUAAGCUUCAUGGACAUGGCCACUUUAAACUUCAGAAGACUUAUGAAAAUAAUUAUUUAAUCUUGACGAAUGCUACACUGGAUAGAGAAAAGAGAUCUGAAUACAGUUUGACUGUAAUAGCUGAAGACAAGGGGACACCAAGUCUCUCUACAGUAAAACAUUUUACUGUUCAAAUCAAUGAUAUAAAUGACAAUCCACCUCACUUCCAAAGAAGUCGAUAUGAAUUUGUAAUCUCAGAGAAUAACUCUCCUGGGGCAUAUAUCACUACUGUUACAGCCACAGAUCCUGACCUAGGAGAAAAUGGGCAUGUAACGUAUACCAUUUUGGAGAGUUUCAUCCUGGGAAGUUCUAUAACUACAUAUGUAACCAUUGAUCCAUCUAAUGGCGCCAUCUAUGCCCUCAGAAUCUUUGAUCAUGAAGAAGUGAGUCAAAUCACUUUUGUGGUUGAAGCAAGAGAUGGAGGGAGUCCAAAACAACUUGUAAGCAAUACCACAGUUGUGCUCACGAUCAUUGAUGAAAAUGACAACGUCCCUGUGGUUAUAGGGCCUGCACUGCGCAAUAAUACUGCUGAAAUCUCCAUCCCCAAAGGGGCUGAAAGUGGCUUUCAUGUCACAAGAAUAAGGGCAAUUGAUAGAGACUCGGGUGUCAAUGCUGAACUCAGUUGCUCCAUAGUUGCAGGUAAUGAGGAGAAUAUCUUCGUAAUUGAUCCACGGUCAUGUGACAUCCAUACCAACGUGAGCAUGGACUCUGUUCCCUACACAGAAUGGGAACUCUUGAUUAUCAUCCAGGACAAAGGCAAUCCUCAACUGCACGCCAAAGUCCUGCUGAAGUGCGUGAUCUUUGAAUAUGCAGAAUCUGUGACAAGUACAGCAAUGACUUCAGUAAGCCAGGGAUCUUUGGAUGUCUCCAUGAUUAUAAUUAUUUCCUUAGGCGCAAUCUGUGCAGUAUUGUUGGUUAUUAUGGUGCUGUUUGCAACCAGGUGUAACCGAGAAAAGAAGGACACUAGAUCCUACAACUGCAGGGUAGCAGAAUCAACAUAUCAGCACCACCCAAAAAGGCCAUCCAGACAGAUUCACAAAGGUGACAUUACAUUGGUGCCUACAGUAAAUGGAACACUGCCUAUUAGAUCUCAUCACAGAUCGUCUCCAUCCUCAUCUCCUACCCUAGAAAGAGGGCAGAUGGGCAGCCGACAGAGUCACAACAGCCACCAGUCACUCAAUAGUUUGGUGACAAUCUCAUCAAACCAUGUGCCAGAGAAUUUCUCGUUAGAGCUCACCCACGCCACUCCGGCUGUUGAGCAGGUCUCCCAGCUUCUUUCAAUGCUUCACCAGGGGCAGUAUCAGCCAAGGCCAAGUUUUCGAGGAAACAAAUAUUCCAGGAGCUAUAGGUAUGCCCUUCAAGACAUGGACAAAUUUAGCUUGAAAGACAGUGGUCGUGGUGACAGUGAAGCAGGAGACAGUGAUUAUGAUUUGGGGCGAGACUCUCCAAUAGACAGGCUGCUGGGGGAAGGAUUUAGUGACCUGUUCCUUACAGAUGGAAGAAUUCCAGCAGCUAUGAGGCUUUGUACGGAGGAAUGCAGAGUCCUGGGACACUCUGACCAGUGCUGGAUGCCACCUCUGCCCUCACCAUCCUCUGAUUAUAGGAGUAAUAUGUUCAUUCCAGGGGAGGAAUUUCCAACACAACCUCAGCAGCAGCAUCCACAUCAGAGUCUUGAGGAUGAUACUCAGCCUACAGAUUCUGUAGAGAAGAAGAAGAGUUUUUCUACCUUUGGGAAGGACUCCCCAAAUGAUGAGGACACUGGAGAUACCAGUACAUCUUCUCUGCUCUCGGAAAUGAGCACAGUGUUCCAGCGCCUCUUACCCUCUUCCCUGGACAACUACUCUGAGUGCAGUGAGGUGGACCGGACCAACUCACUGGAACGCCGGAAGGGGCCCUUGCCAGCUAAAACUGUGGGUUACCCACAAGGGGUGGCUGCCUGGGCAGCCAGUACACAUUUUCAAAAUCCAGCCAACAACUCUGGGCUCCCACUUGGAACUCACUCCAGUGUGCAGCCUUCUUCAAAAUGGCUGCCAGCCAUGGAGGAGAUUCCUGAAAACUAUGAGGAAGAUGAUUUUGACAAUGUGCUCAACCACCUCAAUGAUGGGAAGCACGAACUUAUGGAUGCCAGUGAGCUGGUGGCAGAGAUUAACAAACUGCUGCAGGAUGUCCGCCAGAGCUAGAAGAUUUUAGCGAAGUAUUUUUGUUUCCAUAUGUAUGGAAAUAGGAAACAGAAAAACCUUGAAAGAACUGGCAUUGCCAAAUAGUUGCAUUUAUCAUAAAUGUGUCUGUGUAUAUUGAAUAUUAAAUACUGUAUUUUCAUAUGUACACAA